AUGACUACCAAAAUAGAUAUUCCUUCUUCUUCUUGUCCUCCUCUUCCUUGUCCAUUUAGUAAAUUGACAUACGAUGUGUUCCUCAGUUUCAGAGGUCCAGAUACCUGCACAAAUUUCACAGACUAUCUUUAUGCCGCUCUCAAACAUAAAGGAAUCAUAUACACAUUUAGAGAUGAUGAAGAACUUAACAAAGGGGAAUUAAUUGGUCCAAAUCUCUUGGAAGCAAUUGAAGAGUCAAUUGUGGUGUUUUCUCAUAACUACGCCGAUUCUUCGUGGUGUUUGGAUGAGUUUGCAAAAGUAGCUGAAUGCAGGAAAGCCAUGGGACAAACAUUCCGUCCAGUGUUCUACCAUGUUGAUCCAUCUGAUGUAUGA